CACUAUGUGACGUUUGACGCUUGCUGUCGUGCGCGGUAAAUGUCAAGGUAAAUAUUUUUUAGCUACAAGAAAUAAACUAAUUUUGCUAAAGGUGAUUGUAGUAAUAUCGUAUAAAAGUUCAUAAUUCAAAGUUUGGUGUAUAAGUGCUAAAAUACUUUCUGCAAAUCGUUCAUCCACAAAUAUAUUUAUCGAGUUAUGGUGUCCUCAAUACCAGACAGAUGGCUGAGCUAUAAACCAGUCGGAAAACAGAUCGAGGGAACACGCUUCAUUGCCUUUAAAGUGCCGCUGCGUGAGCGUGUUAACGAAAACGUGAAUGAAGAACACCGACUCGAUGCCAAUAUUUUAUUGAAGACGGUUCCCAAUUUGGGGAUGAUUAUUGAUUUGACGAAUACCACCCGGUAUUAUAAUCCACAUAAUUUCAAAGAUAAGGGUUUAGAGUACAUUAAAUUAAUGAUUCCUGGACAUGAUACGCCCUCACCGCGCAUGAUUAACCAAUUCAAAACUCUGGCGAUGACUUUUUUAAACAAUAACUCUGAUAAUGAUAAACUGAUUGGUGUUCAUUGUACGCAUGGAGUCAAUCGCACUGGGUUCCUAAUAUGUAACUACAUGAUCUCUGAGUUAGAUAUGAAGCCUGAAGAGGCGAUAGACAAAUUCGCUGCUGCGCGUGGCCAUAAAAUCGAGCGCAGAAACUAUUUAGUCUCCCUAAAUCAUUUAAAGAAUGCGAUCAAAAGUGACAACAGUGGCAGUCCGAAAAAUGACUUCAAGGAUGAUUUGAUCGAUAACAACAAGCGAGCCAUACGUUCCAAUCAAACUCACAGCAAAGAGAUUUCAUCGUUGCAUUCACCUGCUCCAGAAUCAGCAUUACCGCCCUCAACAGAGGAGUUCGAUAGGCGUGAUCGAUAUGAGCGUUUUCGACAGGAAUCGAAUAUGCAACGUCAGCGUCACACGAGUGCUGCCGUAACUGCAGCCGCACAAUCUGAACAACAAUAUAUGGAUAAUAACUUUAACAGCGCACAGGGCAAUAGCUCGAACUAUAACAGGAGAUAUGUGAAUACUAGUCGUAACUGUUCGCAAGGUGGCGCAAAUUAUCCAUACCAUAAUAAUCAUAACAGCUACGCGAUGCACUCGAAUAAUAGUCAUUCGCGUGCGCCUGAUAGUCGCCGGUAUGAGGAAGAGCCAAGUCGUAUGCGAAAUGAACAUGUACCAAGCAGUAGCGAUCGUUAUAGUGGCGAACGCAGGCACGACAGACAUCGAUCUCAUCCAUAUCGGCGCGUAUAGCAUAUGAUUAGACUAAUAUUUGCUUUAAUUUUUUUAAUUUUGAGUAUAUUUAAUAUUUUUUCUCACCUUUACUAAUUAGACAAGUACAAUUGUGGAUGGUAUGUUUCAAUUAUGUUCACUUGCUAAUAUUUGUGCCAAAAUAUUACAAGAUACUGCCUACCGCUCCAAAAUAGUAAAUUUGGUUCUGCUUCCGCAUUUGAACCAUAGCAGUUGGUACAUUUAAUGGUUCCCAGCAAAAUAAUUUGGCUGAAUUCAGUGUCCCUCGUUCUGAGAUUUUAAGAAAAAGCAAUUGCUUAGUUUCUAUUCGU